UUGUAUAAUUAUACAAAUUAGUAUGUAUAUUUUGUAUAUGUAUAGUUUGUAUAUUACUUUAAAUAUGAAUAAAGUAAGCGUGUAUGUGUUUGUGUUUGUGUUAAGGGGAUAAGUGUUUAAGUGUGUUUGUGUUUGUGUUAAGGGGAUAAGUGUUUAAGUGUGUAUGUUUUUGAGUUUUGGAUUUAACUUGAUUUUAAUUUUAAUGAAUUGUAUUGUAGGGGCUCUUUGGUUGGGUGAUGAUUAUCGUCAUGAUUUCAAUGACGAUAUAUAUCAUGGCAAGAAAAAGGAAAGCAACGGACAAGGACACCAACAAAGGCAAGGGAAAGAGUGUCGGUAGUAGUACAAACAAAAGGCGUGCGAAGGGAAAAGGCAAGGGGAAAGAAAAGACGGUGUUGCGUGACGAGCCAACAGAUUCGGAUACCGAAUCGGACCAAAACCCAAGGGAGGCGGAGGCGGAGGAGGAACCGGUGAGAAGAGUGAGGAUGCCGCGGUCACAUUCAUGCGGCAUUUUUGGAGCUAAGAUACCAACAAGACCUCGACGGAUCAAUAUCUCCGAUGGACAUAUUGAAGAUAAUGAGGCAAAAAAGACUUUGCUUGCGAUUAUUCGGGCAAGAUGGCCUUUGGGUAAAUACACGUUUAGUGACAUAGACGCGGCUUACCCAAAGUGGCUCGGUCUAAGGGUUGAGGAGUUUCUAAAAUAUUAUAGGCAAUUGAAAGGUCAAAGCCGUUCAAAAGCCAAAGCUAUCAUUGAAGAUCACAUAAAGGUCACAAUCAAAAGGACCAUGAAUGAAUUGAAGAGGAGGAUCGAGAGGAAGUCAAGGGAGGAAGGGGUUUCGAAGUUGGCUUUGAAACCGGAAUAUUGGAAUAUCAUUUUUUGGAAAGAUCUUCUCAAGUAUUGGGACACGGAUGAAGGCCAUUUGCAUAGGUCGGAAGUUGGAGCUGCUAAUCGGCAACGCGUGGAAAGGUUGCAUAGCGCGGGUGCUCGCUCUUUCAACCGUGUGCGCGAGAACAUGAAAAAGAAAUUGUCUAAAAGUCCGACGAAGCUUGAGGUGUGGGAUGAAUGCCACACUAGGAUCGGCUCCACUCCCGAGAGCCGAAUAUAUACUACCCCCGCCGCUAUGCGCAUUGCGGUAAUCUUCUAAUUUUAGCAUUUUAAUUAAUUGUGAUAACCAUGAAUACGUCAAUAUGUUUAUAUGU